GAGAGUUCGGCGUCUCAAUGGUCCACCAAUUCCCGUUGCUCCAUUAACAUUAAUGGAAUUAGAAAUUCCCGAGGAGUACAAGCAGUAUGAAGUUGAACCUGGGUCAUUCGAAAAUUUUCUGCUUUGUGACACUGGACCUGGCCCUAAUAGGGUUAUUAUAUUUGGUCACCAAAGAGGAUUGGAGAUACUCACGACAAGCAAUGAGUGGUUUGUGGACGGAACUUUUAAAAUUGCACCAAGCCUAUUUGCACAGGUAUUUGUAAUUUUGGCCACUCGUAAUGGAGGUGUCCAUACAUGCAUAUAUGCACUAUUGCCAAAUAAAAAUCAGACAACGUACAGCAGACUAUUGGUUGAAAUUAAAAAUCUAGCUCCAGGAAUAUUAGCUGGGAGUAUUUCUGUAGAUUUUGAAAUAGCAAUUCACAAUUCUUUUAGAACUGAAUUUCCUAAUAUUGAGAUACGUGGAUGUUUUUUUCAUCUAUUGCAAAACCUGAAAAAACAAGUGGCAGCUGUAGGAUUGAUGGCAGACUACAGAAAUGAUGCAGAUUUUAACCUACAUGCACGCAUGAUAACAGCGUUGGCAUUUGUCCCGCCAGAGGACGUACCUAAGUAUUUUGAAAAUCUCAGCAUGGCAAUUGAAAUUAUAUUUCCAUCGUUACAGCCAAUCCUUGAUUGGCUGGAAACGUACUAUAUUGGAAUGCUGAGAAGGGAAGGAGUUAAGAGAACACCAGCUUUUCCUAUUCCAACCUGGAAUUUAUAUAACAGAGUGUUAGCAGGACAAAUGAAAACAAAUAAUAUUGCUGAAGCAGCUCAUAGGAGACUCCAGGCCCAGCUGAGCAUGUCUAACCCAACGAUUUGGAAAUUCAUAAUAGAGCUCAGAAAAGUCCAGUUAGAGAGAGACAUAUAUUAUGAAUUUCUCGUUGCGGGGAAUCAACCACCACCUUCGAAAAGAAAAUUUGUUGACGCUGGAAACCGAAUUCUGCACUUAGUACAAAAUUAUCGACACCGCCAACCCAUUGAGUACUUACGAGGACUAGCACAUAAUUUUAUUAUGGACCAGUAAAAAAAAUAACCUAGCAAUAAACCUAAUAAUAUAUCUAACUGCAUUGAAUACUUUUUUACAUUUUUCCUUGUACUUAUAUUGAAUAUAAAUAUUAAAUACCCAAACAAAUCCAUUCCUAACUCCUCCAAAGUCCUAAUUCCUUCGACCAAAUUGUUAACU